GACAGAGAUGCCGUGUGCGGGGCGUGCGGGACGGAGUUUCUCCGAGCGGCGGAGCGCUACUGCUUUGAACGCCACUCGGUUGUUCCGGAAGUAGACUUGCCGAGCAGAAGUGUUUCCGGAAGACGUGGCUGUUGGUGCUGUGGUACAGUGGCAGCCGUGACAGGUUUCAGGAGUCUCCAGCGCGGUCCUGCCCCUCACUGACCGGCCUCAAGAUGAUUUCACUCUCGGACUCCCAGAAGAUCGGGAUGGGGCUAACGGGCUUCGGCGUGUUCUUCCUCUUCUUCGGGAUGAUCCUGUUCUUUGACAAAGCUCUCCUCGCCAUUGGAAACAUCCUGUUUGUCGCCGGACUCGCCUUCGUCAUCGGGCUGGAGAGAACCUUUCGCUUCUUCUUCCAGAGGCACAAGGUGAAGGCCACCGGUUUCUUCCUUGGGGGGAUCUUCGUGGUUCUGAUCGGUUGGCCCAUUGUUGGAGUGGUGCUGGAGAUCUAUGGGUUCUUCCUGCUUUUCAGGGGGUUCUUCCCGGUGGUUGUGGGCUUCAUCAGGAGAAUACCGGUUCUGGGCUCCAUCCUUAACCUGCCCUUCAUCAGCGCGCCUCCCUAAGGCUCUGAGGACAACUGAGGACAACCACAGUGGUGGUCAGUUUCUGCUGGUUCUCCCUGCAUGCUGCUGCUCGUCCCUGAUCCAGAUGGGGGUCUCCUCAUGGACGCUCUGCUUCAGCACCACUAAACCUGCAGGGGGAGGUCUUUUUUUCUUCUCUAGAAAAAGCUGAAGAUUCAUGAAGGUUCAGUGUUAUAAAUCGUGAAGAGAAGUGUUUAAAGUCAAAGUGAAAAUAGUUCCUAGCAUGUGACAGAGGCAGCAUGCAGGACUGGAGCGCAGAUGAUCCCCGGCUCUACAGGAGACUGUGGAUCAGACUGAAGACGCAUGAAGACUGAGCUGAACGUGGAGGAUCGGUUCCUCACAGAGUCCUCUGACUGAACCGCAAAUACGCCCCGACUUUGGACGGAACACUUUAAAACAUUUGUUGAGAAACUCUUUAGAAAAGGAAAUUAAUUAGAAUGUCUCCAACAAAGACCAUCAUAGUGUUUAAAGCUUUUUUUGCUCUGAAAAAAAUAAAAUUUCUAACACUUCUCCAGUUCCUCUGUGACUUGUUUCUGAUUUGUCUCUAAUUCCUCUUUAACUGGUCUCUAACUUAUCCCUGACUAGUCUCUAAUUCAUCUCUAACUCCUUUCCAACUUCUCUCUGACUACUUGCUAAUUUGUUUCAUACUUCUCUAUGACUUGUCUAUAACUCCUCUCUUACUCCUCUCUGAAUUGUCUUAUACUCCCCUCAAACUUGUCUCUAACUCGUCUCUAACUAGUCUCUAAAUUUUCUCUCACUCCUCUUUAACUUGUCUCUAACUCCUCUCUUACUAGUCUCUAAAUUGUCUCUCACUUCUCUUUAACUCCUGUCCAACUCCUCUCUGACUGGUCUUUGAAUUGUCUCUUUAACUUGUCUCUUUAACUUGUCUCUGGUCAGUCUCUGAUUCAUCUCCAACUUCCCUUGAACUAAUCUCUGACUAGUCUCUGAAUGGUCUCCUACUCCUCUUUAACUCGUCUCUGACUAGUCUCAGAUUCAUUUCUAACUCCUUUCAUACUUCUCUGACUAGUCUCUGAAUUGCCUCUUACUCCUCUUUAACUUGUCUCUGACUAGUCUCAGAUUCAUUUCUAACUCCUUUCAUACUUCUCUGACUAGUCUCUGAAUGGUCUCCUACUCCUCUUUAACUUGUCUCUGACUCCUCUCUGACUACUCACUAACUUGUUUCUUAGUCCUCUUUAAUCCUCUUCAGCUCCUCUCUGACUAGUCUGAUUGUCUUUAAUAGCUCACUGAUUAGGCUCUGAUUUGUCUGUAAUUUCUCUUUGUCUAGUCUCUGACUCAUCUCCAUCUCCUCACUAACUCUUCUCUGAAGUUACAUUCACACCGACCUCGGCAACGCACAUUCAAGCCAUCACUUUCAAUGAAGUCUACAUAAAUGUGCUUAAAUGCACGUUUCAAUCUUUCAUGCUCAAAACUCUACGAACGUUUUCAGGCUCUGAAAGUAAAACAGGGUCAAUCUUAGACCAGUCAGAGGCUCUGAUUUGCUAGUGAGAUAUGGAUGAUGUCACUUUUAAUUCACGGAAGUGUCAACUGUUUGAAAAUUGAUCUUGUAGGGGAAAUUAAGAAUUUCCGUUUGUGCCCGGCUGGAAUUCUACGACACCAAGUCUUUCAUUUAUUGGAACAGAUUUGUGGAAGCCCAGAGCAAGACUCAUCAGAUUUGCUCCUCUUUAACAUUUCACACCAAGUCUCUAGCAACUGUAGGUGGUGGACAUGCACUCGUGAACAGUAGAAGUCCCUCCCUGCUUGUCCAGUGUCCAUGUUCAUGAACGCUUGUUGCUUUGUCUCCUCUCUAACUCAUCUCAAAUGUUUUCUUCUUGGAUUCUGUGAGACGAGACAAUUUGAGUUUAAAGGUCAGCACAGAUGCUGACCUCCUGUGGUCCUCCUGCUGAUCCUUGUCCCCUUCUG